AUGCACUGUUUGGAAUGUUUGUAUCAGAAAAUCACAGGAAGAGAACUGAAGUACACGGCCUUGAUUGGCAAACCUAGUGAAAUUACCUACCACCAUGCAGAUUACUUACUAAGUCUUCAAGCCCAGAACAUUGGUGUCAAAGGAGUACAAACUAUUUACUGCAUUGGUGACAACCCCGAAACAGAUAUUUAUGGGGGCAACCUAUACAACCGGUACCUACAGUCUCAGUCAGCCAAACAGAGGGGCCAAGAAAAAUUGGUGCAGCAGAUUGCCAGUACGAUCAAUCCUGGUGUUCGUGAUGAGGCAACUUCAGGCUUUGAUGAUACAAUUGAGACUGAUGAAUCAAUGGAGGAGCUGAUGUCGUCUAUGGCAGAUGACAACAUAAUCAUUACUGACAAAUUUUCUUCCAAACUUUCUUUUCUUACUAAUUCUUCCUUAAAUGUUUGCAUCCAUUCUUUCUAG